AUGAUUCCACGCCUCGCAUCACGAGCGCCGAUGCUCUGCUCCCGCUACGGGAUAGCGUCGGCGCGCACCCGCCCACCCUGGACGGCACCGCCUCCGAGCCGCCCAGCCUCUUCGCCGUCGUCGACGCGGCUUCUCCGAACCACGGCCGCACCGCGACGACCGCAGGCAACCCCUCCGCCCAAGACUGCGGCUCCCAGCACGACAAAGCCAGCGACGGCGACGGCGACGGCGACGGCGGCAAAGAACAAGGACCCGCUCCUGCUGCCGGACAAGACGGUCGCGGAGCAGCGCAAGGCCGACUGGGCCAUCAUGAAGGAAAUGUCGCGGUACCUGUGGCCCAAGGACAACCUGGGCACCAAGCUGCGCGUGAGCCUGGCCGUGGCGCUGCUCAUUGGCGCCAAGGUGCUCAACGUGCAGGUGCCGUUUUACUUCAAGAGCAUCGUCGACUCGAUGAACAUUGACGUGGCGGCCGUCGGCGGCACCGCCACGACGGUCGCCGGCGCCAUGAUUCUCGGCUACGGGGCCUCGCGCGUCGGCGCGACCGUCUUUCAGGAGCUGCGCAACGCCGUCUUCGCGUCGGUCGCGCAAAAGGCCAUUCGCUCCGUCGCGCGCAACGUCUUUGGCCACCUGCUGCGCCUCGACCUCGCCUUUCACCUGUCCAAGCAGACGGGCGGCCUGACGCGCGCCAUUGACCGCGGCACCAAGGGCAUCAGCUUCCUGCUCACGAGCAUGGUCUUUCACAUCCUGCCCACGGCGCUCGAGAUUAGCAUGGUCUGCGGCAUCCUGACCUGGCAGUACGGCGCCAAGUUUGCCGCCGUCACGGCGCUGACCAUGGUCGGCUACACGGCCUUUACCAUUUGGACCACGGCCUGGCGCACAAAGUUUCGUCGUCAGGCGAAUGCAGCCGAUAACAAGGCGUCUACGGUCGCGGUCGACUCGCUCAUCAACUACGAGGCGGUCAAGUAUUUCAACAAUGAAAAGUUUGAGGUGGCUCGCUACGACAAGGCGCUCAAAGAGUACGAAAAGAGCUCCAUCAAGGUCGCGACUUCGCUGGCGUUCCUCAACAGUGGCCAAAACAUCAUCUUCUCGUCCGCCCUGACGGCAAUGAUGUACUUUGCCGCCGACGGCGUCGCCAAAGGCAGCCUAACAGUCGGUGACUUGGUCAUGGUCAACCAGCUCGUCUUCCAGCUCUCCGUGCCGCUCAACUUUCUCGGCUCCGUGUACCGCGAGCUGCGCCAGUCGCUGCUCGACAUGGAGACGCUCUUCAGCCUGCAAAAGGUCAACGUCAGCAUCACCGACAAGCCCGGCGCCCAGGAGCUGGCCCUGACCAAGGGCGGCGAGAUUCGCUUCGAGAAUGUCAGCUUUGGCUACCACCCGGACCGGCCCAUCCUGCAGGACCUCAGCCUCACCAUCCCCGCCGGCAAAAAGGUGGCCAUUGUCGGGCCCAGCGGCUGCGGCAAGUCGACGCUGCUGCGGCUGCUGUUUCGCUCCUACGACGUCCAGGCCGGCCGCAUCCUCAUUGACGGCCAGGACAUUCGCGACGUCCAGGUCGACUCCCUGCGCCGCGCCAUCGGCGUCGUCCCGCAGGACACGCCGCUCUUCAACGACACGGUCGAGCACAACAUCCGCUACGGCGCCGUCGACGCGACGCGCGCGCAGGUGGUGGCCGCCGCGCAGCGCGCCCGCAUCCACGACACGAUUGCGCGCUUCCCCGACGGCUACGACACCAAAGUCGGCGAGCGCGGGCUCAUGAUUUCCGGCGGCGAGAAGCAGCGCCUGGCCGUGAGCCGCCUGCUGCUCAAGGACCCGCCGCUGCUCUUCUUUGACGAGGCCACCAGCGCGCUCGACACCCACACGGAGCAAGGCCUCAUGGUCAACAUCAACGGCAUCCUGCGCGAAAAGGCCCGCACGAGCGUCUUUGUCGCCCACAGGCUGCGCACCAUUUUCGACUCGGACCUGAUUAUCGUGCUCAAGGAGGGCCGCGUGGCCGAGAUGGGCACCCAUCGGGAGCUGAUUGAUAGAGCUGGCGUCUACGCUGAGCUGUGGAGUGCGCAAGAAACUCUGUUCAAUGAGGACGGAACCGAUCGACUGGAUGCGACGACGACAGAGAGCAGCAAGGCUAAGAAGCUCAUGUAUGGAAAUAGCCUAGUUGACCGCGUGGCUAGAGGGGGUCUUAACUUUGAAGAGUGUACAGAAGGCGAGAUGAAGUGGGCCGAUAUCACCCGGCUUAGCUUGCUGAUAAAAGGUGGGAAAAGCAAAAGGGCCCGCGUUCAUAACACUCUCCACAAACGCUCAAGUUACCCACAUGACAUCAUCAUCAUCACCAUUACCAUCAUGUCCUUGAGCGAAGCCGACCGCACGGCGCAUCUCAAGGAGGCGCAGAUCAAGGCCGUCGCCCUAUUCGAGGAGAUUGAAGAGACUCUCAUUCGGCCGGGCGUCAGCGACAAGACGCUGAGCGCCGAGAUUGCGGCGCUUGGCCAGGAACGUCACGGCUUGGAGACGGCGCACUAG